AGGCCUCAUGUUGCCGCUCUUCCCGGGGAGGCGCUGUCCCGGCAAGACUCCGUCUUCUGAUCGAAGGCUCGGGGAUCGACUGCCUUUCCUUCGCCAAAGAGGAAAGGAAGUGUCCGAGUCCAAAUCUGUUGCUUGCCGAGCGACUCAUUCCCAUUUUGAAACUCAUCUUCCGUGGUCGCGCUGGUGCCCGAGAGCCGCGGAGAUGUUUCGCAACCAGUAUGACAACGAUGUUACUGUUUGGAGUCCUCAGGGUCGAAUUCACCAAAUAGAAUAUGCAAUGGAAGCUGUGAAACAAGGCUCUGCAACUGUUGGGCUGAAGUCAAAAACUCAUGCCGUACUUGUUGCCUUAAAGAGAGCACAAUCUGAACUAGCAGCUCAUCAGAAAAAGAUUCUGUAUGUUGACAACCAUAUUGGUAUUUCCAUUGCUGGACUUACUGCUGAUGCAAGACUCCUAUGCAAUUUCAUGCGUCAGGAGUGUCUGGAUUCUAGAUUUGUAUUUGACAGACCUCUUCCAGUGUCUCGCCUAGUAUCUCUGAUUGGAAGCAAAACACAGAUACCAACACAACGAUAUGGCAGAAGACCAUAUGGUGUGGGACUUCUCAUUGCAGGCUAUGAUGAUAUGGGUCCUCACAUCUUCCAGACCUGCCCUUCUGCAAAUUAUUUUGAUUGCAAAGCCAUGUCCAUUGGUGCAAGGUCCCAGUCAGCUCGAACUUAUUUGGAGCGACAUAUGACUGAAUUUGCCGACUGUAACCUGAAUGAGCUCGUUAAACAUGGAUUGCGUGCUUUGAGGGAGACACUUCCUGCUGAACAGGAUCUCACCACUAAGAAUGUUUCUAUUGGGAUUGUUGGGAAAGAUAUGGAGUUUACAAUUUAUGACGAUGAUGAUGUAGCACCAUUCUUAGAAGGCCUUGAGGAGAGACCACAGAGAAAGCCUGCUCAGCCUGCUGAGGAUACAGCAGAAAAGGCCGAAGAACCCAUGGAGCACUAAUUAUUGUACAUGAAGCACAGGUUACUUCAGAUGCAUCAUUGCCGAGGCAUUAUCUUGCAGUCUGGUAACUUACUGCUGAAAAAUGCAUAUUGUAGUGACAUACAUGUCCUGUUAAGUCGGUCUUUAAAAUGUAUUGCCAAAAAUCUCAAACUGGCAGCAAAGAUUUAAAAACUGACUAUUUCUUUUGAGAAGAAAAGAUGUCAUUUUCUAGCAAAGAAUGCAAUAUUGUUUUAUAUGAAAAAGCAUGUUGCUUUUAUCUCAUUAAGGCAUCUAUGAAAUAAACCAGUUUCUUUCCUGAAA